AUGAAUUUCCAAACAAAAGGGGCCCCCGACGGGGGGCCCCAGGCAGCAGAGCCCCCGGGGCCCCCAGAGCCUCUGGGUGCACCCCUGCCUGCAGCAGCAGCAGCACACGUAGAAGCAACUGCAUCACGAGAAGAACCUGCAGCAAGAGUAGAAGGGGCAUCGCCAGCAGCGGCAGCAGCGACAGCAGCGGCAGCUACAGCAGCAGCUACAGCAGCAGCAGCAGCAGCAGCAGUAGCAAAUGGGGCCCGGCCCCUCUCGUGCAGCUGCUGCCUCUUUAUCCGGGAAACCCUUUGCCGCAUGCAGAAAGCAGCACCAGGUGGCCGCAGGGGGAAACCAAUAAGGGAAGCAGCAGCAGCAGCAGACGCUGCCUUAGUAGACCUACUGGAGCAGCAGCAGCAGCAGCCUGUAGAGGCCGCAGCAGUAGUUGAUGGCGGGAGUCGUGAGAAUGGUGCGGCAGCAGCAUAUGCUGCGGCAGCAGCACCUGCAGCAGCAGCAGCUGCUGCUGCUGCAGCAGGUGCUGCAGUGCUAGUGCCCGCGUCUUCACCUUUCUUUCCUUUUCUUUUAUAUACUUUCAAAUUGUGUCUCUCUGGAGACCAGCCAAAGCUGCAGCUGCUGGCGCUCGAGGCUUCCAACCUGCUGCUGUCUCUGGGUGCUCUACCCCCAGCAACAGUAGCAGCAGCAGCAGGAGCAGCGGCUGCACAGCCCGCAGGCAAGCAGCAGCAAACGAGACACAGCCGGCCCGAGCAAGUGCCCAUUGCGGGCGACGUGCAGCCGCAGCAGCAGCAGCAGCAGGCAGGCGUGUCUCCGGUUGCAGCCUCUCCAGAAGCAGCAACGCCUACAAGCCCAACAGCAGCAGCAGCAGCAGCAGCAGCAGCGGCGGAGGUGGAAGGCACUGUGGAGUAUUUGACGGAGGCCAUAGGGCACUUAGCAGCAGCAGCAGCAGCAGAAGACCCCGUGCUGCUGCAAGUAGUGCGGUGUCUGCUCACAGCCUUGACAGCAGCAGGGGCCCCCCUGCAUGGGGGGCCCCUCUUGGGGGCCCUUUCAUCUCUAUUUGCUGUUUGUGUCACAGCAGCAGCAGAUGACUUAGCCAGAGCUUCCCACGCUGCGCUGCUUCAGGCCCUGGAUGCUGCUGUCCACAGAGCUGCUGCUGCUGCUGCUGCUGCUGGUCGUGCGGGGGCACGCGCAGAGGCAGCAGCACCGGCAGAAGCAGCUGCAGCUGGGCUUACGAAACGGGAAGCUGCAGCUGCAGCGGCUGCUGCAGUAGAAGAGGCCGCAGCAGCAACAGCCGCAGCAGCAGCUGCUGAAGGCGCGGCGAGCCUGCAGCCAGCAGCAGAAGCAGGAGCUGCUGCUAGCACUGCUGCUGCUGCAGCAGAUCCGUGCAGAAUCACUGCAGCACCUUUUGAUGGGCCCCCAGCUGAUGCUGCUGCUCCGGGCUCCGAAGCAGCAGCAGCAGUAGCGAAUGAGUCGCAGGAGGCAGCACACGCAGCAGUUACUGCUGCAGCACCAGAUGCAGCAAAAGCAGCAGCAGCAGCAGCUGCUGCUGCAGCGGAGCAUUCUGAUGCAGAAGCAGCAGCGAUCCUCGGGGCGAGCGCAGUAGUGGACACGCCAGCAGGUGCAGCAGCAGCAGCAGCAGCAGCAGCAGAUUCAGCAGCAGCAGCAGCAGACUCAGAGAAACUGCCCUUUGUGUCAAGGGUUAACUUACCAGCAGAAGCGGAAGCAGACGGCAUUGCAGCAGCAACAGAUGCCACAGCAGCAACAACAGCAACAGCAGCAGACACACCGCAGGCGUUGCAGUCGCCGGCAGCAGCAGCGUCAGCAAGAGCAGCAACAGCAGCAGCAGCCGCGUCAGCAGCAGCAGCAGCUGCUCCAGCAGCAGCAGCAGCAGCAGCAACUGCUGCAGCGGUAGUUGCUGCUGCUACUUCUCCCCUAGCUGCCGAAACGCCUGCGAACGAGCUCUCAGCAGUUGACAGCGGGCGGCAGCCUACCUGCAGCAACAGCAGCAGCAGAAACAGCAGCAGCUGCAGCCGCCGCCACCGCAGCAGCAGCAGCAGCAGCAGCAGCAGCAAGCUUUCCUACCGGCCGGUGCUGCUGGAAGUGAGAGAUCUGCUGCUGACCCUGCAGGCCCUUUGCCGCAUUGCAGAUGGCGAGGGGCCCCUCAGGGGGCCCCCCAGGGGGCCCCCGCCCGACAGCAGUUUGGAAGGGGCCCUUGGGCCCUCAAGAAGCAGACGCAGCAAACGCCUGGCCCUGGAAAUGAUCCUUGCUGUUGCCCAGAGCUUGCCUAAGGCAUUGUGGGGAGACCCGUCUCUGGUGCUGCUGCUGCGGCAGCAGCUGCUGCCUGCCCUUGGCCGCAGCCUGCAGGAUGCAGCGCUGUGUCGGAUGGGUCUGGAGAUUGUGCUUCGAGUUGCAGAGACAGCUGAGGGGCCGCUGCUGGUAGAUGUGAGUAUAUUUGUGGGAGAGAUGGUGGCGCCGCUGCUGCAGGCAGCGCAGCCGCGCCCGCAGCAGCAGCUGCAGCAGCAGCAGCAGCAGUCCGUGUCGCAGAAGCUGGCCGCGCUGGCAUUCCUUGCGCGGCUCUUUCGCGCUGUGCCGCUGCUGCUGCCGCUUUUAUUUGCUGCUUUCGAUUUGGCCUACGAGGGCGAAGACGUGCUGCUGCAGGUUGUACAGACACUGCAGCGCCACGCUGCAGCAGGGGACGCAGCAGCCACGCCAGGCCUGCAGCAGCAGCAGCAGCGGGAGCUGCGUGCUGCAGCAGUUGCUGCACUAUCUUCCUUAGCUGUGGCGCUCAAAGACUGCAGGCGAGGGCGGCCAGGCAAAAGCAAAGAAAGCCCUAAGAGCCACCCACAAGAGCAGCAGCAGCAGCAAGCGAAUCUGCAUGCAAAUGGAGGCGGCAAGCUCGCCCUGGAGUCUUCGUUCUCCCCAGAGACUCCCACCACGCUCGGCGCAGAAGAGCACCAGCAGCAGAAGCAGCAACAGCAGCAACAGCAGCAGGGUGAGGUCCAAGAUGGGCGGAGCGAACAGCAGGCAGAAGCCGCAGCUCCCAUUACUUCUCUGGGCAGCAACAGCAGCCCGACAAGCAGCAGCAGCAGCAGCAGCAACAGCAGCAACAGACACCUGGCAGAGGAGGUGCGGCGGCGGCGCGAGUGGAAGCGCCGGCUAUAUGCUGCCAUCGAAAGCUUCAACAGAAAACCCUCAGAAGGGCUGCAGCAGCUGCUGCAGCUGAAGGGUUUGCCGGACUCGCCGGAGGCAGCGGCGCUGCUGCUGCUGCAGCAGCGGGGCCUCAGCAAAGCUGCUGUCGGCGAAUUGCUAGGGGGAGACUCAGAAGCCUCCAGGGCUUUGCUUUCAGCUUUUCUGCAGCGUUUGAGUUUCGCUGGCCGUCCCAUUGAUGAAGCCCUUCGCCUUUUUUUGUCCCUCUUUCGGCUGCCUGGGGAGGCUCAGAAGAUCGACCGCAUACUUGAGCGUUUUGCUGAGCGCUACUUUCAAGACAACAGCAGCGACGGCAGCAGCAGCAGCAGCAGCAGCCAAAGCAGCAGCAGCAGCGGCAGCGGCCCCAGUGCUGAAGGAGAGGAGCUCACCGGCAGCAGCGACAUGGCCGGAGAUCCCAAAGGGGCUCUUCCGCGCAAGCCCAGCAGCGGCAGCAGCCAGCAGCUGCAGCAGCAGCUGCAGCAGCAGCAGCAACAGCAGCCUGCGGACGCGGACGAGCUGAGUGUGCGCAGCUACAAGCUGCCUUCUGCAGACUGCUGCUACAUCUUGUCCUUUUCGCUGAUUAUGCUGCACACGGACUUGCACUCGAAAGAAGUGAAGCCGAGCCGGAAAAUGACAAAAAUGGAAUUUGUCAAAAACAACAGAGGCAUCAACGAAGGCAAAGAUUUGCCUCAGCCCUUUCUGGAGGCCCUUUACAACAGAGUGGCUAAGGAGGAGUGGGUACUGCCUGACCAGAGCACCGGGGGCCCCCUGCAGCAGACGCGGGGGGCCCCCCUAGCGCGGGCCUUUCAAGGGGCGGGGGGGCCCUGGGGGACCCCCCUGGGGUCCCGGGGCCCCCGAUGGCUCGUCAGUGCGCACCGGGCGGAACUUCAGCAGUUGCGGCAGCAGCAGCAGCAGCAGCGGCAGCUGCAGCUGAGCAGCAGAGUCCUCUACGAGGACGAGUUGGGCGAGCUGGUGCACUUCAUGCUGGACGCUGUGGGGCAGCUUGUGCUGCAGGGACUUGCUGCUGUGGUGGGGGACUUGGGGGCCCCCCAGGCAGCAGCAGAAAGCGCAGUGGAGGGCCUGGGGGCCCUCCUGACACUUUGUUGCAGCGAAGGGCAAGGGGCCACAAGGGACGAAACAGCUGCGACUUUGCGCACGCUGUCGCAGCUGCACCGGGCGGGGCAGCAGAUGCUGCAGCGCAGGCACAUUUUGGCGGCGCAGCAGCUGCUGCAGGCAGCAGCAGAAGAGGGGGACCAGCUCGAAGCUGCUUGGAUCCACGUGCUGCUGCUGCUUUCGCAGCUCGACUUCUUGCAGACGGCCCACUGCCAGGCGAUGAAGGCUGCGGACUCAGCGGUGAGAGAAGAGAGGCGGCAAAGGGUGAAUGCCCACAAGACCGCGUCAGCAGCAGCAGCAGCAGCAACAGCAGCAGCAGCAACCGCAGCCGCCGCGGUCGUGGCAGCCCCCUUCUUCGUGGACGCAGCCAAAACCCAUGUCCAGCCACAGCAGCAGCAGCAGCAGGCUCUAGAGGGUGCAGAAAGCUCUUGGGUGCUUGUGUCUUCGCCUGCUACUGAGGGGGCCCCUAACCUGGCUCGCGGAGGGGCCCCCUUCACGGUCUUAGGCCCCAUGAAGGAGAAUGUUCUGUUUGAGAACAUGUGCCUGAUAGAAAGUUGUUUGGAUUUGUCUUGUGUCGAUUUGCUGUUUUAUUCUUCGGUUCACCUCAGCGACUCGGCUUUUGUGGGGUUCGUAACGGCGCUGCAGCAGGUCUCGUUGCUGGAGUUACAGCAGCAGCAGCAGCAGCCGCCGCAGCAGCAGCAGCCGCGACUCUUUGGCCUUCAGAAGCUAGUGGAGACAGCCGACUACAACAUUGGACGGGUUCAUCUAAUUUGGGGUUUGCUGCAGCAGCACUUCGUUGCUGCUGCGCUGCAUGCGGCCCUGCCGGUGCGCCUCUGUGCCCUAGACGCGCUGCGUCAGCUAGCCAGUAAGCAGCUGACCCAGCAGCAGCAGCAGCAGCAGCAGGAGGGAGGGGGGCGCAUGCUGCACUUCGAGGAGCAGCUAAUGGCCCCCUUCUUGACAGUUGCUUCUGACCCCCACACCCAAGAUGCUGUCCGGGAAUAUAUUCUUCACAUUUUGAAGCAUCUCGUGGAAGCAAAUGGAACUCAAAUCCGUUUUGGCUGGAGGUCCAUACUUUUGUGUCUGCACUGCGCUGCUGUGAACAUCCUCAGCAAGGCGCCUGCUGCUGCAGCUGCUGCUGCGGUAGCGGCGGCGGCCGCCGCACCCGCGGCGGCGCCGCUAGCAGCAGCAGCACCCCCAGUGGUAGUAGCAGGCACGCACUUUAGCCCGCACCCGACAGCAGUAACAGCAGCGGCAGCAGCAGCAGCAGCCGCCGCCGUGGCCGCUGCCACGACAGCGCCGGGUGCUGCAGCAGCAGCAGCAGCAGCAGCAGAAGCAGCAGGGUCAGCGGAGCAGCUGCGGAAGCGGCUGCUGCUGGUCUUUGACAUUUUAGAUGAAGUGCUCAGUCGGCAUGUCUAUUCUCUUGGAGCUGCAAAUAUCUCUCAAGCAACUUCUUCUCUUUCCCUCAUUGCUGCAAACCCUCUUGACCCGCAGCUGGCCGUAAAAGCAGUGCAGGCGCUGGAGGCCACAGCUACUACCCUAGUCCAGCUGGCGGACAAGCAGCAGAAGCAGCAGCUGCAGCAGCAGCAGCAGCCCCUGCAGCAAACCGAAACCUGGGCAGGAACAGAAGCAGCAGCUGCAACUGUAGACGGAACGGCUGCAGACGGCUUUGCUGCAGAGGCAGAAGUGCCCGUCGGCGCUUUGCGCCCUUCGGCGCUGCGCGGAUCUGCUCUUGAUGCUGCAGCAGCAGCAACAGCGACAGCAGCAGCAGCAGCAGCGACAGCAGCAGCAGCAGCAGCAGCAGAGGAGAGGACGUCUGCCGGUGCUGCACUGAGCUUCCCCUCUUUCUUAUCCAUCUUGCUGGCCCUGGGGCAGCUUGCUUGCCGUCCUGGUGGCGCGAGGGGCCGCACAGCUGCAGCAGCUGCAGCAGCAGCAGCUGCGCCCGCUGCUGCAGAGGCAGCACCUGGAACAACGGAGGGGCCUGCUGACCCUUCAGCUGUUGGCAGGGGGCUUCCUGCCCCUGCGUCAGCUGGGCAGCCACACACAGGAUCAGCUGCAGCCGGGGCAGCAGUAGUAGCAGCAAGUAGGAGCUUGUCCGUGGACGAUGGGGCCCUUGACGGACUUUUGGGGCUUGGCGCAUGCGGUUUUGCUGGGCCAAGAGAAGCGGCGCUUGCUGCUUUAUUCCGCCUGCUGCAGCAACACGGGAGCCGCCUUGUUGCUGCCUCUCCAGAAGCAACUGCAGCAGCAGCACCGUCACAGGCAAGGGGGGGUCCGGAGGCCCCAAACCAGCAGCAGCGGCAACAGCAGCAGCAGCAGCAACAACAAGCAGGUCUCUAUCCCCCACAGGAGUUGUGGCAAAUAGUGUUGAAGGGCGUUUUGUCCCCUGUUUUUGAGGACCUCUUCUUUGACCUUCACGGCUGCGGGGCCCGCAGAUCUAAACAACAGCGGCAGCAACAGCAACAGCAGCAGCAGCAGCCGCAGCAGCUGCUGCAGCAGGACAAGCAAGAGCAGCCUCAGCGGCUUACGAACGUAACAGCUGCCUCGCUGUUUGUGGUUCGCAGAGAAGCAGAGAACAACGAUCGGGAAAGCAGCGGCAGCAGCACGAACACGGGCAGCGGCAGCUUUAGCAGCAACAGCAGCAGCAGCAGCAGCAUCAGACCCGGCAGCAAAGAAGAUCAGCUGCGGCUCAACACCGAAGAAGAAACGCUGUGUUGGUUUGCCAUUCGAGCGCUGGGGCGUCUGGUGUACGUACACUUCAAGCAGCUGCGGCAUUUGCUCAGACCCUUCGUCGCUCUCAUGCUAGGAGGGCUUAGCGACCCUCCUACGGAGUGUGGGGCCCGUCUCAGCGUGGAGGGGCUUCGCCGGCUGCUGCAGUCUUUGAAGCAGUACCUGCAGCAGCCAGAGGCAGCAGCAGAAUGGCUGGCUGUUGCCGGUGCCGUAGCAGACGCCUUCAGCCAUUCGGCCCCGCGGGCUCUUCUGGCGAGAGCGGCUGUGACGACCCAGGCCCUUCGUUUGUCUUUUGGUCUCUACUUCUCUUCAAUUGAGACACAAGAUCUAGGCCCCAGUGCGGCAGCCGCUGCUGAAGCGGCUCACCAACAGCAGCAGCAAAAGCAACGGCAGCGAGAGAAGCAGCAGCAGCAGCAGCGGCAUCUGCAGCAACGACACCAGGAGCAGCCGCAGCAGCCCCUGCCGCAGCAACAACAGCAAAGAAAGCAGCAUCGGCAACGGGAUGAUUCCCCAGGGCCUUCGUUUGGCCACCCGCUUGACUGGUUAUUGCAGGAGGGUCUCCGCAGCAGCAGCAGCAAAAUGCCAGCAGGCACGGAGCCCCUGCCUGCUGAAGACCGGCAGCUGCUGCUGCGCUGUCUGCCAGAGUCCAUCUGCAGCAGCAGCAGCAGCAGCAGCAGCAGCCGGACCCCGACGGCCGUUGGCGGCCACCUGAUGGCCCCGCUCAGGCUUCCGUUUGAUCCGCAGGAUGUCGCAGCAAGAUGUGUAGCACAACUGCUGCUGAUAGACUUGCUGAGGAAAGAGUUCAUUGGAAAUCUUCUGCCAGUGGGGGCCCUCCGGCUUCUAGUCUGCUGUUUGGAGGCCUCAUUUAUUUUCGCUUACUUGUAUAAUCAGCAAGUUUCGUUGCGGCUGUGGCUGCAAAGGUGCGGUUUCAUGGCAGGGCUCAAGCAGCUCCCUGGGCUGCUGAAGCAGCACCGUGAGGCAGCUGCUGCAGCUGCUGCUCUGAUGCUGUCAGCUCUCAGCGAAACGUCAAACCCAGAGAAACAGCAGCAGGAAGGUGCUGCAGCUGUUGCAGUUUCAGAGCUGGCACCAGCAGCAGCGCCAGCUGCAGCUGCGUCUGCUCAAGACCUAACAGCUUUCGCCCUGCCCCGAUACCUGCGUUUUUGCCGCUGGCACAUUGUUCAAUUUCUCUGGAAGGAGGAGCAGCUGCAGCGGCUGUUGGAGCAGCAGCAGCAGCACCAACAGCACCAGCAAACAAUAGUGGCGAAGGAGGGAUUCGCGCACGACCCGUCGAAGGCCAUCCAACAGGCAGAGCUGGCGGAAGUGAGUCGCGAGCUGACGGGUCUGUCAGUGCUUAUCUCAUCCUCAGUCCUUCAAGGCCUCAACGACUUGCCAGGCAACAUGGCUGCCUCAAACGCUUCACUCGUUCUGGGCCUCGUUUUACAGCUGACUGCUGCAGCGUCGCCGGAAAUGCGCAAUGAAGCCCGAAAGGCGAUGCAGCGACUCCUCACCCGCGUCCUCCCGGGGCGCUUCUGCGCCUUGCAGCUGCUUCCUCCCCUGCUGACGGCGCAGCCCGAGGCAGCUGCUGACCAGAAGGCGACCAAGGCAUCACAAGGACCACAGUGA